UCGCUAUAUAGGCGACGUUGAUAGCGCAAGCAAACAUUUUUAACGUCGAACGCAUUUCGAAAGUUGUUGGAUUUGUAGUGUUUCUUUUGACGGUAGGAGUUUCGAACUCCGAAGAUGUCUCUGGCCGAUGAGCUCCUGGCUGAUCUGGAGGAGGCGGGGGAUGAGGGGGAGGAUGGGCUGUACCCGGGGGAAGAGGGGGAGAGUGAUGGGGAGGGACAGGCAGAGGGAGGUUUGGAGGACAUCCCAGAGGAGAUGGAGGUGGACUACAGCGGAGCUGAGAGUGUCUCAUCCAUCGCUAAACUACGCAACAGCAAACAGUUCUCAGAGAUCAUGGACAACAUUGCAAUCUAUGUCGAGAAGCAGCGCAAGAACUCUGAAGUCUCCGGGCCGGUGGAGGCAGACCCAGAAUACAAGCUGAUCGUUGCUGCCAAUAACCUCACAGUAGAAAUUGAGAACGAGCUGAACAUCAUUCACAAGUUUGUACGUGACAAGUAUUCUAAGAGGUUCCCUGAGCUGGAGUCCCUGGUGCCCAACUCUCUGGACUACGUCCGCACUGUCAAGGAGCUGGGGAACAACCUGGACAAGUGUAAGAACAACGAGAAUUUGCAGCAGAUCCUGACCAACGCCACCAUCAUGGUGGUCAGCGUCACAGCCUCCACCACACAGGGGACGAUGCUGGGUGAGGAUGAGCUGAAGAGGUUGGAGGAGGCCUGUGACAUGGCGCUAGAGCUGAACCAAUCAAAACACAGGAUCUAUGAAUAUGUGGAGUCCAGGAUGUCGUUCAUCGCUCCUAAUCUGUCAGUCAUCGUUGGCGCCUCGACCGCAGCCAAGAUCAUGGGUAUUGCUGGGGGCCUGACCAACCUGUCUAAGAUGCCAGCCUGUAACCUGAUGCUACUGGGAACCCAGAAGAGGACCCUGUCAGGGUUCAGCAGCACCGCUGUGCUCCCACACACCGGCUACAUCUACCACUGUGAUGUGGUCCAGACUCUACCCCCGGACCUGAGGAGAAAGGCAGCACGUCUGGUUUCAGCUAAGUGCACUCUGGCAUCCCGAGUGGACAGCUUCCACGAGAGUGCAGACGGCAAGGUGGGCUAUGACCUGAAAGAGGAGAUCGAGAAGAAGUUUGAUAAAUGGCAGGAGCCUCCACCGGUGAAGACUGUCAAACCCCUGCCAGCACCGUUGGACGGACAGAGGAAGAAGAGAGGAGGGCGGAGGUAUCGUAAGAUGAAGGAGCGUCUGGGUCUGACAGAGAUCAGGAAACACGCCAACAGGAUGACCUUCGCAGAGAUUGAGGAUGAUGCGUACCAGGAGGACCUGGGUUUCAGUCUGGGCCAGCUGGGGAAGUCGGGCAGCGGACGCGUCAGACAGGCUCAGGUCAACGAGGCCACCAAGGCCAGGAUAUCCAAGUCCCUACAGAGGAAGCUGCAGAAGCAGAACAUGACGUACGGCGGCAGGUCCACAGUCGGCGGCAGGUCCACAGUCAGCAGUAGGUCCACAGUCGGCGGCAGGUCCACAGUCGGCGGGAGGUCCUCGGUCAGAGACAACUCCUCAGGAACAAGUUCCAGCGUAGCCUUCACUCCACUACAGGGACUGGAGAUCGUGAACCCGCAUGCAGCAGAGAAGAAGGUGGCUGAGGCCAACCAGAAAUACUUCUCCAACAUGGCAGAGUUCCUCAAGGUCAAGAAGGAGGGAGAGGGAAAGUGAGGAGUACACAUCCACACAUAUACACUGCUCAAAAAAAUAAAGGGAACACUUAAACAACACAAUGUAACUCCAAGUCAAUCACACUUCUGUGAAAUCAAACUGUCCACUUAGGAAGCAACACUGAUUGACAAUACAUUUCACAUGCUGUUGUGCAAAUGGAAUAGACAAAAGGUGGAAAUUAUAGGCAAUUAGUAAGACACCCCCAAAAGAGGAAUGGUUCUGCAGGUGGUGACCACACACCACUUCUCAGUUCCUAUGCUUCCUGGCUGAUGUUUGGUCACUUUUGAAUGCUGGCGGUGCUUUCACUCUAGUGGUAGCAUGAGACGGAGUCUACAACCCACACAAGUGGCUCAGGUAGUGCAGUUCAUCCAGGAUGGCACAUCAAUGCGAGCUGUGGCAAAAAUGUUUGCUGUGUCUGUCAGCGUAGUGUCCAGAGCAUGGAAGCGCUACCAGGAGACAGGCCAGUACAUCAGGAGACGUGGAGGAGGCCGUAGGAGGGCAACAACCCAGCAGCAGGACCGCUACCUCCGCCUUUGUGCAAGGAGGUGCACUGCCAGAGCCCUGCAAAAUGACCUCCAGCAGGCCACAAAUGUGCAUGUCAUCAUAUGGUCUCACAAGGGGUCUGAGGAUCUCAUCUCGGUACCUAAUGGCAGUCAGGCUACCUCUGGCGAGCACAUGGAGGGCUGUGCGACCCCACAAAGAAAUGCCACCCCACACCAUGACUGACCCACCGCCAAACCGGUCAUGCUGGAGGAUGUUGCAGGCAGCAGAACGUUCUCCACGGCGUCUCCAGACUCUGUCACGUCUGUCACAUGUGCUCAUGUGCUCAGUGUGAACCUGCUUUCAUCUGUGAAGAGCACAGGGCGCCAGUGGCGAAUUUGCCAAUCUUGGUGUUCUCUGGCAAAUGCCAAACGUCCUGCACGGUGUUGCGCCUCCAUGCUCUGGACACUACGCUGACAGACACAGCAAACAUUUUUGCCACAGCUCGCAUUGAUGUGCCAUCUUGGAUGAGCUGCACUACCUGAGCCACUUGUGUGGGUUGUAGACUCCGUCUCAUGCUACCACUAGAGUGAAAGCACCGCCAGCAUUCAAAAGUGACCAAAACAUCAGCCAGGAAGCAUAGGAACUGAGAAGUGGUGUGUGGUCACCACCUGCAGAACCAUUCCUUUUUUGGGGGUGUCUUGCUUAUUGCCUAUAAUUUCCACCUUUUGUCUAUUCCAUUUGCACAACAGCAUGUGAAAUUUAUUGUCAAUCAGUGUUGCUUCCUAAGUGGACAGUUUGAUUUCACAGAAGUGUGAUUGACUUGGAGUUACAUUGUGUUGUUUAAGUGUUCCCUUUUAUUUUUUUGAGCAGUGUACUUACACACAGGAGAGACUGAUAUACAGACAUACCAACUUGUAUUGCAAAAUGAAUGCAGAUGGAGUGAAAUGCAUUCACACUGACUGAUUGAUCAGGCGUCAUUGCAUAACCAUGGGGAGAAGAUUGACCAUGACAGUGAAGAAAAAUAUAUUAUUUAGAUUGUAUAUUUGUUUUAGAGCAUGUUGGGCUUUUUUUCUUACAUUUUGACUCCAUUUUGUUCCAUUUUAAUAAAAUGAAACUAAUA